CUGCCGCAAGGCCUGUUGGGAGCGCGCGGACGGCGAAGGGGUUGGUGGAGUGGAAUCUGUUAAGUGAGCUGACGUGGGACCCCUUGGAGUUCUAGCAAUGUUACUCUUCUGCCCCGGGUGUGGAAACGGGCUGAUCGUGGAGGAGGGGCAGCGCUGUCAUCGCUUCGCCUGCAACACUUGCCCCUACGUGCACAACAUCACCCGCAAGGUGACAAAUCGGAAGUACCCAAAGCUGAAAGAAGUGGAUGAUGUACUUGGAGGAUCAGCAGCCUGGGAGAAUGUUGACUCUACUGCAGAACCAUGUCCCAAAUGUGAGCAUCCUCGUGCCUACUUCAUGCAGCUUCAGACCCGCUCUGCAGAUGAGCCGAUGACCACCUUCUACAAGUGCUGCAAUGCCCAGUGCGGACACCGCUGGAGGGAUUAGGCUGUGGAGCUGCUUCAAGAUCUGUUGGGAGUGUGAAUUGUGUGUCCUUGGAGUCUUUACUGGUAUAAUGAGAAGCUGACCCUUUUGCAGGGAGAUCCAGUAUGUCAGAAAAUGUAGCCCAUCUGCCAAUUAGAAUGAGUGAAGUCAUUAAUGUUCAAGGAGUUUGUGUGUGGGGAAGAGACCUGAAAGGAAUUACACUCAGUUUAAGGUCCCUUUUUUCUAAUCUUCUACAUUUACUGGGCAGUUGAUAUUUCUUUACCACCAUCCAACAGUAUGCACUGUUUGCACAAUGUAGCUCAUUAAAUAUUCCUAAAUAUUUAACUUAAUCAAAAUUUGUUCUGAGUAUUUCAUAAUAAAUUUAUCUUUUUCAUUUUCUUUUCUUUUCUUUUUUUUUUUUUUUGGUCUAUUUGAGACGUCUCACUAUGAAGUUCAGACUGUUCUUAAACUGGCCUCAAUCUCACAAGGAUCCUCCUGCCUUAGCCUCUCAAGUGCUGGGAUUACAGAUGUGAGCCACCACGCCUAGCAAAAAAAUUAAGUUUAAUACUGUUGUUUCAUUGGUGUUUUAAGUGCUAGGGAUAAAACCCAGAGAUACUGGCACUGAGCCGUAUAAACCCACCCUUUUUAAAUUUUGAGACAGUGUCUCACCAAGUUGCCUAGGGAGGCUCAAACUUGUAGUCUUUCUGUGUUAGCCUCCCAGAUGGCUAGGAUUAUAGAAGUGCCCACCAUUCCUAGCUGUCAUCACUCCUCUUGGGUUUUGGGACUUUUAGUAAAAUAGGGAUUGCUUGAAGACAAGCACAGGGACACCAAGACAGUUGAUGUGGUAACUGAGAUGGCCACUAGUGACAAAUGGGUGAGAGUAAAAUAAUCUGACAGAGAGCAUUCACAUCCCAGGCCGGAUGGAGGGGACACGGUGAGAUUUCAUCACAAACUCAAACAGUGUGCAAUUUAAAACUUAAUGAAUUGUGCUGGAUGUGGUGGCACAUUCCUGUAACUCCAGCUACCUGGGAGGGUAAGACAGGAGAAUCCCAAGUUCAAGCCUGGGCAAUUUUGAGCCUGGGCAAUUUUGAGAAAGCCUAUCCCAAGAUAAAUAAUAACAAGAAAAAAAUUCAUGGAUUGUUUUAUUUUGGGGAUUUUCCAUUUAAUAUUUUCAAAGCAUGAUUGAUGAUAAUAUUUUCCAAGCUGAAGUCUUGGAAAAUGGAAGUAAUAGUUGAAGACUACUGUAUUUGCUUUUUAAACUGCUAAGAGUAAACUUUGAAUAUUCUCACCACAAAAAAUGGUAAAUAUUUGAGUUGAUGGAUUUAUUAAGUAACCUCAUUUAAUCAUUCCAUUUAUAAAUCAUAACAUCACCUUGUAUUCCAUAAAUAUAUACAAUUAUACUUUGUCAUGUUUUACUUAAACCAUAUUCUGACUGUGGACUGGUGGGAGGGCUCCUUGGUCCUUGUGUUCUUUUUCUUUUUUUAACUUUUUAUCAGUAUACAUUUAUAAUACAUUGCAUUGGAGAGCUUGCAUUCUUGAUGAAAGAUUUCAGUCAAGGCAGAAAAGUGUUAUAAAAACAAAGAAUUUACUGCAAAGUGAAAACAGCAUGAGGCAAAAAGGCAGGCAAGAGCCAGGGUGGCUUUUGUACAGAAUAGUAGUUUGGAUUUCUCUUUCCAACUCCUGGGGCUUUGGGAGCUAUGAUGAUCAACAUUGUUUUAAUGGUAACCACAGUUAUGGAUAUUUUACCUUAGAAGUUACCUUGGAAUGUCUUGUCUUUUACAGUUGCAAAAUGUAUUAUCCUCUCCAGAUAGUGUUUUCUUUGAAGUAUACUAUAUUGUCCCAGGGUAUUUUCAUUUUUUGUUUGUUUUGAGACCCGGUCUUGCUGUGUAGCCCAGGCUGGCCUUUAAUUCACAAUGAUCCUCUUGCCUCAGUCUCCUGAGUGCUGUGUUCCAGGGGAUUUAAUCAUAUUUUUAAAAGAAACCUGGAUUAAAAAAAUUUAAUCUAAGUCACUUUAGUAUAAACCACAGGUAGCUCUUGAAAUGUUACUUUAUACUUUUGUGUUAUCAGUGGGCUUUGACUGAAGUAACUAGGAAUGCUGAAGGUCUGGCUGCCCCGAUGUAAGAGUCAAAGAUGCUGAAAUUUUGGCUGACCAUGCAGCACAUCUGUGUACACUUCUGAUCUAAAGGUUUCAUCAUGCUGUGCAGGGAUAAUUUUGCUUUCAGACCUAAUAGAUGGUUAUAAGUUAUUAUACCCUAAAGUCUUGAUUUCUGAUUCUUUAUUUAGCUGUCAUUAACAAAGCCUACUGUUUUGAUUCCCUUUGUCCCUCAGGUUUUCUACUAUCUAAUUACAUGUCUAAUACAACCCUGUGCCAUUUAUAGGAAACUCACUUUAGAUCUAAAGCCAAAUACUGGAUGAAAGUAAAAGAAUGGGAAAGACAUGCCCCGUAGUAGCCAGAAGAGAACAGAGGUGGCUGUGUAGAAAUAACCCAGUUAUAAGUGAAUGAUUUCACUAAUACAAGGAACCUACAGUAGUGAAGUUCAUAAAGAUAGAAACUAAAAGGAUGGAUGCCAAGUAUUUGAUAAAAGAACAAGUAUUUGUCAGGUUGGGUGACGGGAUAAUGGUGAACAGGUACGUAGUUUUAAUUUUGCAACAUGAGAAGGAUUCUAGAGAUGGAUGGAUGAUGGUGAUGGUUUCGCAGAAAUAUGUAUGUACUUAAUACUAAUGGAUGGUGCAUUUAAAAGAUGGUCAGGAUGCUAAAUUUUACGUUGUAUUUUAGCACAACAGAAAAUAUUUAUUAAAGGCAACUCUAGCCAGGGCCAGUGGCAUAUUUCCAUAGUCCUGGAUUUUUUGGAGACUGAGGCAGGAGGAGUGCAAGUUCAAGGCCAACUAGGGCAAAUUUAGUGAGAGCUUGGCUCACAGUAAAAUGAAAAGGCGAGUGGAGGUGCCAAUGUAGAUUAGUGCUUCCUCGGUUCAGUCCCCAGUACUGCAAAUCAAACAGAACAAAAACCAAAUGAAACGAAACAGAAAAAAGCCAAGACACCACCACAACCACUCCCUGCAACUGUUUGGAUACUACAGUUUGAACUUCAUAUUAUUUUCAUGUAUCUCACAAUCAUUAAAAAAUUUCUUAGUGAAGCCGGGAAUAUAGCUCAGCAUCACAGCACCUACCUGGCAAGUGUGAGUUCGUGAGUUCAGUCCCUAGUACCAAAAAAAAAAAAUUCUUAGUGGGCCUGGGAGUGUAGCACAGUGAUAGUGUUUGCCUAACAUAUGUGAGGCCCUGGGUUCAAUUCUCAGGACUGCUAAAAAAAAAAGUACAAAUCAUUCUAAAGUCACUGAUUUUAAAAAUUGUGGUCUGGGUUUGAUCUGUAUAGUUUGCUGAUCCCCUUGCACCUCAGAGCUGUGAUAAUUUUAUGUAAUUAAGCAUAUAUAAAAUCCUUAUGUAUCUGUCAUUGUGCUGUUGUGUGUGUGUAGUUCAGGCUGGCCUUAAAUUCACUGUGUGGCCUGGUCUGACCUUGAACUCAAAGCAAUCCCUGUCUCAGCUUCCCAAGUGCUGGGAUUACAUGCAUGCACAUACGCUUGGCUUCUGGUGAUUUUCUGUAGGUAUGUGGUAUCUUAGUGCUCUUUGGUGGUUUCUCACGUGUGGAUAUUGUCUGUUUCUCUCUUUUUCUUUUUUUGUCUCCCCAUCCACCUGCACACACUUUUUAAAAGUAUAGUACUGGAGAUUGAAGCCGGUGAGCACUGCGAAACAUUUUCAGCAUCUUUCUCCCUCUUGUUUAAGCUUUAAAAUAAGGUUUUGAUGAGAUGUACAAGUGGCUGAGAACCUGCCAUGCUGCUCUAGCCUAUCAAGUAGCUAGGACUGGGGGCUUGUGCCGCCCUGGCUGAAUGUUGUUUUUCUCUGGAUCUCUAUUGUGGGAGAAGGAUGGGAGGGUCAGUUAAGGUGUUGCCUUAGUGCAUUUUCUUUCUUUCCUUGUCUUGCAACAAUUUAUUAGAACACAGACAUUUAAAAGAAUGUUAUGAACAUAAAUUGGGGUUUUUGAGCAAGGAUGUAAACUGAAUCAAAAAAUAAAAAUAAAAAAUCCAAUUGCAUAUUAA